ACAGAGGAAGAGAGCUUGAAACACAAAUCACGCGCACAAAUCGUCUCUUCUGAGUUUCUCGCCGGAGCCAUUGUCCAUUGUCAUUGCCAUUACACAACCAAAUUGCUUUUCCCUCUCUUGUUAGGGUUUCGUUCGAUCAUAUAACAUUCCUUUCUGACGCGGUAAUCCGAAUUCUCAGCUUCUUUCUACAAACGCUUUUCUUUCACAUUCUGAUUCCUCUCUCCCAUUCUCUCCGUUCCCAAAUCCCUAAAAUCCUCUUGUUUCUGCCACCUCAUCGAUUUUAUUGCUUUCUCCUUAGAAACGCUUGUAACCGAGGAAUUGAGAUGCCCGGAGGAAAUCCUUUCGUUUUCUUCACGGAUUUGAAGCGAACUGAUUGAGAAUGCAUAGAAAGAUUGUUGUUAACCAUUGAGGUAAGGAAAUGGAUUCUGCAAGGAGUUGGCUUCAGAAGUUCCAGCCUCGGGAUAAAACGAGGGGUGCUGCAAAGAAGAAAGAGGAGGAUAGUAAUGGAGGUAAUUAUGAAUCGAAUGGACCUGAGGAUGAAGCAUCGCUUUCAAGUGCCACGAAGCAGAAGGUGGCAGCUGCAAAGCAGUACAUUGAAAACCAUUAUAAGGAGCAAAUGAAGAAUCUUCAGGAGAGGAAGGAGCGUCGAACCACCUUGGAAAAGAAGUUGGCUGAUGCUGAUGUCUCUGAAGAAGAUCAAAACAACCUGCUUAAAUUUUUAGAGAAAAAGGAAACUGAAUAUAUGCGCCUUCAGAGGCAUAAGAUGGGUGUUGAUGAUUUUGAGUUAUUGACUAUGAUCGGAAAAGGUGCAUUUGGGGAGGUCAGAGUCUGUAGGGAGAAGACGACUGGUCAUGUAUAUGCAAUGAAAAAACUAAAGAAAUCAGAGAUGCUUCGCAGAGGCCAGGUUGAACAUGUCAAAGCUGAAAGGAACCUCCUUGCAGAGGUUGACAGCAAUUGCAUAGUCAAACUUUAUUGUUCUUUCCAAGAUGAAGAAUAUCUGUAUCUUAUUAUGGAGUAUCUACCUGGUGGGGAUAUGAUGACUCUACUUAUGAGAAAGGAUAUCUUGACUGAAGAUGAAACCAGAUUUUAUGUAGGAGAAACAGUUUUGGCUAUUGAAUCUAUACAUAAACACAAUUAUAUACAUAGGGAUAUCAAGCCAGACAACUUAUUACUAGAUAGAUAUGGACACUUAAGGCUGUCAGAUUUUGGACUUUGUAAACCAUUAGAUUGUAGUACACUUGAAGAAAAAGACUUUUCUGUGGGUCAGAAUGCGAAUGGACCUACACAGUCUGAUGAGCGUGCAGCUCCAAAACGCUCACAACAGGAACAAUUGCAACAUUGGCAAAAGAAUAGGAGGACACUCGCUUAUUCCACAGUUGGUACACCGGAUUAUAUUGCUCCAGAAGUUCUUUUGAAGAAAGGUUAUGGGAUGGAAUGUGAUUGGUGGUCACUUGGAGCUAUUAUGUAUGAAAUGUUGGUGGGAUAUCCACCUUUUUAUUCUGAUGAUCCAAUGUCAACAUGUAGGAAGAUAGUAAACUGGAAAUCUCACUUGAAAUUUCCUGAAGAAGCUAGACUAUCCCCUGAGGCUAAAGAUCUUAUUAGUAAACUUUUGUGUAAUGUCAACCAGAGGUUGGGGUCAAAAGGUGCAGAUGAAAUAAAGGCUCAUCCAUUCUUCAAAGGUCUUGAAUGGGAUAAACUUUAUCACAUGGAAGCUGCAUUUAUUCCUGAGGUCAAUGAUGAGUUAGAUACUCAGAACUUUGAAAAGUUUGAUGAGUCGGACAGCCAAAGUCAAUCAUCAUCUAGAGCUGGUCCAUGGAGGAAGAUGCUUUCGUCUAAGGACUUGAAUUUUGUUGGAUAUACGUACAAGAACUUUGAAAUUGUCAACGAUUAUCAAGUUCCUGGGAUGGCUGAACUUAAGAAGAAACCUUCCAAAUCCAAGAGACCAUCUAUCAAGUCGCUUUUUGAAACACCAGAGGCAUCUGAGGAGGAACCACAUACUCCUGUGGGUAAUCAACCUGCUCAAGGAAGCUUUUUAAAUCUCUUGCCGCCCCAAUUAGAGGGGUCUCAUAGCCAGAAGAAUCAUCCUCCUAGGUCCUAACUACACAAUCUCAUGAUCUAUCCGAAUACUCAACGAAUGGCUUUUACAAAUCUUUUUUCUCAGUGGACACAACUAUUGAAUUGUAAAUCUCUUGUUGUUCCGUGUACUUUGUCAAAUACCCAUGUCAGUGAAUACUGGAUACCAUGUAUAUUCCUGUUGUCUUUUGCAUUAAUGAUAGCAGAACAUUUUUCUUCCUGUGACACUAGUGUAACGACUCACUGACAAGUUAAUUUUGCUGAACAAGACCUGUGUGAAUUAUUUGUUCAUUAAUGUCAAUAAUGUGUAAUUUGUGAUGGUUAGUUUAUUAAUAUAAUUGCCAUGGACUUUUC